GUCAAAAUUCAAAACACGUUAAAUUAAAAAUCCACUAUUUAAGACAUUGAUUUUUCCUCACCAAAUUACCGUUUAUACGUUCUGUCUACUAUCAGGGAACAAUGAUUAAAUAAGCUGACAAUAAAUGUACACAUUAUGUUUUGGACAUGAAGGACUAUUCAAGAAUGUAAGAUGUUAAAUGGAAAACAUUGCGAGUAAAUUACUUCCGAGAAUGAGCCCUGGAAUCAUUUCAAAAGAGAUUAUUCGUUGACGCAAAGAGUCCAAAGGUGGUGAGGCAGUGAGUGAAGGCAAAUUUCGUCGUCAGGUGUUUCAAACGUGAUAACUAAGUGAGCUGUGCAACUUCACGUUCAAAAACAGAGACCACGUUUCUGCCAUUACGUCUGUGUAUAACCCUCUAAGCUUCUAUCAAGAUUCUUGUGGACUGGUGGCUUUCGUUCAAAGUUAAAACCGUAUUUUGGAAAAAUAUAUCUCAGGGAUUCAGAAGUUUUCGCUUGUCGACUUAUAAUUUAACACAAUGGGCAACUGUCUUAAAGGGUCGUCAGCCGAUGACAUUUCCCUUUUAAGAGGAAGUGAAAGUGUUGGAGAUACGACGUCGGAACAUCUCGGCCUUCCUCCUCCGUAUCGGGAAGCAGUACCUGUCUACUACCCCUCUCCCAAUAUAAGUCGUCCUGUGAACCAGUUAACAGAAGAAGAACAGAUAAAAAUCGCCAAAAGAAUUGGCUUGAUCCAGCAUCUUCCUACAGGAUCUUAUGAUGGCUGCAAGAAAAAUAGAGAGUGUGUGAUAUGUAUGAUGGAGUUUUUAGUAGGGGAUAACGUCCGUUAUCUUCCUUGCAUGCAUAUAUAUCAUGUUCACUGUAUUGAUGACUGGCUUAUGAGAAGUUUUACAUGUCCUUCAUGUAUGGAACCAGUUGAUGCAGCCCUCCUUACCAGCUAUGAAACAAGCUGAAAUAUCUGUGAUCAAAUUAGUAGUGGAGAGAAAUGCGUGUGUUACAGAACAGGGUAUCGAGACAAAUUUUUAGACUUACAAAUUCUUUCCAAAUUGAAUCACAGUUCUGGUUUAUUAGUGGAAACCGUUUUAUUACAGUGUUGCAUUUGAUGUAGUUACACUUUUAUUUUCAUUUUCAUAAUGUGCUUUUUUUCCCAACUAUGAAGGAAAAAUUAGCCGACUUUUGUAUUUGGACAUAAUAAAGAAGCAAGUGAAUUGUCUUAAAUUCAUUAUCACUUUGUUUCAAAACAUGUUUGAAAUAAAGUAAAAUAUAUUUAAUGGCAAACUUACAACAAACCUAUGUAUAAGACACAUAAUUUGGUAUUAUUUGAUACAUUCUUGUAAAUAUUUAUCAAGAAAAAGGUUUAAAUAGACUUUCAGUUGUGUAUUACAUUAUGUUGAACAGAGAUAAUUACUUUUUUUCUUACAAAAACAAGAGUCAAUGACACCAAGGUAGGCAAUACUAGCAUUAACUGAAUUAAAUACGCAUAUUAAUUAAGUUGUUUGACUUGUUAAUAUGUUCUUUCAUGAAUAUUUUACUCAAAAACUUGGAUUAACUAAUAUUUACAAAUCUUUCUGUAGACUUUUUUUUAUUUGACAAUACAUGGUUAUUUAAAAAAAAAUAUUUAACAUAAUAUAUGUCGCUGUUUGCCAUUAAAAAACUACAACCAUAUUUUUAGGUAUGAGUGAAUGAAGAUGUAGUGCUUAAUCACCUAAAUGAGAAUAGAAUAUGCAUAUGGACUUUGAAUUAAAAAAAGAAUAUGCGAACUAAUAAUGUUUUGUUUUACAUAUGUUUUGCUUUAUAAAACAUUUGGAUUAUAUAAGUGCAAUUCUCAGAGCCUGUUCUUUCUAAUUAUGACUAAAUUACUAAAUUAUUUUUCUAUAUGCGCUAUUGUUGAUAAUUAAAAACUACACGUGUCGUGUAUGUGAGAGUGUGAAUGUUUUAUGUAGGCCUAGAAAAAAUAUUUCUAGGUGAAUAUUAUAUACUAGUAUUAAUUUUAGUACUUAGAUUAGUCAUCAUAAAUAGUUUGUGUCUUAUUCUGCCUGUGAUUGUUCUAAAAAAUAUGUAUAAUCUUACUAGGCCAAGAGUGUGUUUCUCUUUUAAAAGUAUUGAUUUUUAAAUUUGAGCCAUGGUAGAGUUUUCUAAUAAAGUUUAUUGUGUCACAACAGAAAACUUUAUAACAUAAGUUUUCUAUUAAUUUUAUAUUGUAAAGAAUAUUUUUACUACAAUAUAAUAUAGUAUGGAGAAAUUAGAUAUGGAUGUAUGCUGUAAAGUUUGUUGAGUUUUAUUUUAAAAAUAAUUCUGUUUAACUUUAAUAAUGGUGUUUCAAUCCACUUGUAAUUCAACUGCUGUUUCUGAUUUCAUUAUCAAAUUUAUCAUUUUCGUUUAUAUAUAUAUUUUUUUAAUCAAUAUUUUAGUAACGCAUAUUCUAGUCAGAAUAUUUAAUCAAAAAUUUAGACUUUUAAAAAUUUUAGGCAUUUUUUAAUGAUUAUUCAGAAACACUGACAAAAACGGAAAUGACUUAUUCCAACAAAUAUCUUGAAAGUUUCAUUGGUUGAACAUCAUUAAUUCUAGCUUGAUCCAAUUAAAUGUUUAUCCUUUGUAUGAACGGUUAUUGUAAACACUCUAGGCAAAUAUUUAUCUAUUCGACUGUGUAAAGUGCAACACACAAUAUAUUGUAAGAAGGAUAUUUAGAUUUGUUGCUUUUAUUUGUAUUGUUAAUCUGAAUGGCUUGAAAAUUUAUUAGGACUAAUGUCAGAUUUUAUACUAGUAUAAUUAAUGGUAUAGCCUCAACCAAGAUGUGGAUAAUUGUUAGUUCACUAAUACAGUAAAGCAACAAUUUAAAACAGAAAAUAUAAAAGAAUAUUUUUUCUAGUAGGUGAAAAUGUUUUAUAAUAUUUUUUAUUGUUGUAAAUAGAAUUUAGAAACAUUUCAUGUAAAUAAUAAACAGAAAAAUUUUUGGGUUUUUGUUUUCAUAAAAUUUAGAUAAGACAAAAUGUUCGUAUUGUUGAACAAAGUGUACUUUCUUUCAAAUUAUAUAUCGCACUAUUAAUUUAGUCAAGGUUAUUUUGUAUUCGAAAGGUGUUUUUUAAUGUGUUUAACAUUGUAAAUGAUUUAAUGAUUUUUGGUCCAAAGAGAACAUUUGUAGUGACUGUAUUUAACAUUUACAUAAAUUAUAGCUAAUAGAGUUGCAUUUUGUAAUUGGCACUUUUUAUAAUAUAACAUUCCUAAUUGUA